GGAAAGGAAAAAGAAUUCAGCACCGGAGCUGUCCGCGGCUCUUGGAAGAAGUCUCUAUAUUCCUGCCAAGGGUGAAGCUGCUUCCGACUGUAAAUUUCCUCCGUGGGACGGUUGAGGGGAAGGAAUAAUAAAGUGCUGUGCCAUUCGUCUCUCCGCGGGGCUACCGGCGACUGAAGGCGCACAUACUUCAUUCGAGCGAAGUCUUGCCAUGCUGGACGGCCGGGCUUGAGACAGAAAAAGGAUAAAGUCAGAACAGCAGCCUUUUACUCUUUACGCCAUGGGAGUGCUCAUGUCAAAGAAGCAGCAGGUGGAGAAGGUGCAGAAAUGCAACGCUGUCGUCUCUGCCUUCCAGGCGGGCCUUAAGGACCGCCCUGCCCCGGCCAAACAGGCAGAAGGAGAAGUAGAGGAAGGUGAAGGCCCUGCUAAACCAUCAGCCAAUCCUGAAAAGAAGAACACUGAGGGGGCGGAGCAAGAGGAAACAGACAACAGCGCAGGUCCGUCAACCACCCAGCAGGGCUCAGCGGCAGCCAGGGAUGACUGCAAGGUCAACCAGGAAGCGUGGUCGAGGUUACGGGACGGGAAAGGAGUAGAGCCUGAAGAUCUUGACAAGAGCCAUCAGCUCACGCCGCCAGCAUUCGUGCGGCCCAAAAGGGAAGCCGAUGAUGACCAGUCUGUGGAGGUGGAGCUGGAAAAGAAAGAGCAGCCACCGAGUGAUGAGAUGUGUGACGUGUGUGAGGUGUGGACGGCUGACGACCUGUACCCCUGCAGGAUCUGCACUCGGGUGUUCCACGACGGCUGCCUGAGGGAGCUGGGCUACCUGCGUGCCGAGGCCCUGCAGGAGAUGAGAGACACAGCCCACACUGUUACUGGCUGGAGCUGCUACUAUUGUGAUAAUCUGAAUCUACUCCUAACAGAGGAAGAGAUGUACAGCCUUAUGGAGACCUUCAAGCAGUGCAAGAUCAUCCCAGAAUCAUGCCUGGUGUCAGAUGAGCUGCUGCAGUACCGCCACUUUGCAUCCAAGCAGCAGUUUGAUAAGGACCUGACUGAUGAGCAAGAGGAGGAAGUCCUAGCCCAGUUUGCAGCGCUGGAUCCAGAGAAAAAGGGUCACAUCGAAUGGUCCGACUUCCUCUACUUUGAGUCUCUGGCAAUGCUUAAGAAGUUUCGCACAGAGAACUCACUGGUGCGUCUGUUGACCGGUAAGGAGAGAGACAAAGCACGGUCAGUGUUCCUGGGUCUAGAUCUGGAUCAAGACGGUGUGAUCACAAGAGCGGAAUGCCGCCAGGCCCAGCAGUCCUGGUUCCAUAAACUCAACAAAGACUCACAGUCUUGCAAUGUGAGUAUAAGUCAUGUUGGCCCCAUAUGCGAGAGCAGUCCAGCCAGCUCUGGCAGUGAAAGGAGCAAGUCUGAUGAAAGCAGGCCAGUGACCUGGGCAGACUUUUUAAAGGAGAGCGGCAUCUAUAUUAUAGCUGCGCGGCCCAAUAGUUCUGCGAUGCACAUCCGCCUGCCUCUAUAGUCCAGGAUCCUCCACUGCACCCCAGCAGAGAGAGGGAGAGAGAGAUAGAGGGUGUACCCUAUAGUCUACAGAUGAGCGGAGGAAGACAGACGUGAUGACACGAUGACAUGAGGAAGGCAACUGAGCGAACUGGAUGAAGCACUGAGAGACAGCAGAUCAAGCCAUCGACAGAAUCUCUCCUCCUCUGCGUCACCUCAAACCCACAACACUGACAAACACACACACUGACUGAGACACCGACGACGCAAGUGACAGCUGCUGUCACAGGUCCCAACUCCAAAACCUGACGGCUUCCAACAAAUGCGAGACAUAGGAUGAGGAAGACAACCACCCACUCACUAGUCAGUCAGCCAGGGAUAUUUCUGAAACUUUGGAGUGUAGAGCUCAUGCAAACAAUCAGACAAGCUUCUAUGUUCGCACUCUGUAUUAAAUGACAAAUACUCCAGCUACACAACACACCUCUCCAUGCAGGUACAUUAGUGUGACAGGCUGUUACUCUUUCAAGUAUUCAUUCCUCCGGGCCUCAUCGUGUCCUAAUAAUAGUUCCAUGCUACUGUAAUGGGAUUGUGUUAUUCACCAUCAAAAUUGUUAAUCACACUACACAGAGGCACAUGCAAAUUCGUUAUUGGUACUCUUUGACAAGUGGAUACACUUCUGGGAGGAGAUUAACCCUGCCGCUGCCAUUAUCAGAACAUAUACCAAACAGGAAUGAAAGCUAUCCGCAUACAUAUUAUAUGAGAACUGCUAUCCAUACCAGUAUAAAUUAUUAUUAUGCAUUAAAACGCUGUAUUUAUUCCUGUAUUCUCAGAUAUAUCGUCUGUUUCCUCCAUUCUCAUCCAAGAAUCUAUGUUCCUCUUAAGUACUAACUGUGAAAAGGGAUGUGUUAAUGAACGUUAACGAAAGCUAACCCAGUAAGUGACAUGUAUAUACUGCCAUAUAGUACAUUUUUUUCCUGUUGUGCUCAGAGCUGCACUUUGACAAGGUGGAAGCAUCCGCCCUUCUGUUCUAGUGUCAUUAUUUGCACUGUGGUAAUGAGAUGUAGAUGGACUACUGUGUGACAUUACCACUGUAAUGAAAUACUGAGAGACAAUGGGAGAUGUGGUGCAAACAUUCAUCCUAUGUUAAUUUGCAGAAGUACUGUUUAAGAAUUGCUAUGGGAAAUGUGUGGAAUUAUAUAAUGUUACAGGCUACACAACAGUUUAAAUGCACAUGAAACUGCCCAUAGAAUCACUGGAAACAUGCUGUAACAAGUAGGAUUUCAUGUAGUCUGUAUGCCAUGUAAUGAAGGGUCGAUGCCAGGUCGUCUUAGUGAUUAAAGUAUGGUUAUGACAUGUAUCUUGACUGUCUGAGGCAUAUGU